GCCUGGCGCGAAGUUUGGUGGCUGCGGCCGCGGGGAAGUGGGCGGUAUGUCUGCCGCGGGUGCAGAUGGGCCCUCCAAGGAGGGCGAGGAAGGCGUCGCCAGCUCCGCCGCCGGCGGCUUGUUCAGGUUCAGCCCGGAGCCCACGCUCGAGGACAUUCGACGUCUCCAUGCACAGUUUGCUGCUGAGAGAGAUUGGGACCAGUUCCAUAAGCCUCGAAACCUGCUCCUGGCCUUGGUGGGGGAAGUGGGAGAACUGGCAGAACUCUUUCAGUGGAAGUCUGAUACAGAACCUGGUCCCCAAACCUGGCUCCCAAGGGAACGGGCAGCUCUUCAAGAGGAGCUGAGUGACGUCCUCAUCUACCUGGUAGCAUUAGCAGCCCGUUGCCAUGUGGAUCUACCUCAAGCAGUGCUCUCCAAAAUGGAGACCAACCGAAGACGUUACCCAGUCCAUCUGUCCCGUGGAUCUUCCCGCAAGUACACAGACUUGCCCCAUGGGGUCAUCUCUGAAGACCAGGCAGUGGAACCUGAAGAUCCUGCCUCUUGAGCACCAAACUGACCUGCAAUUCAGCAUGACUUCUAAACAGCAGAGAUAGGACUUGUUCUGGUACUGUCCUAAUAAACCACGGUUCUGGGGCCCAGGAGCCUCCUAAAACAA